AACACAGCCUCACGGCUCACGAGGUCAGGCACACUCGCAUUGUUUUUUUGUUUUCUUGUUUUUAAUGUCGUUUUCCUCCUGGACGGGCGCGCCAUCUCUUCGUUGAGCCAGUGGCAUGCCAUGACUCUUACGAAUUUGACGCGAUCAACGUUCACGAACCUGCCUACUUGGACUGACAUUGAGUGUCAGCUGGACAUGCCGAGGGGCGACGACAAAAGUUAUACAUGCAUCUGCGAUGCCGCUGUAAUAGCUCGUCUUUGUUUGCUGAAGGGGAACUGA